AUGAAGCUCUCCUCCAUACUCGACAAGGGCCGCGCUCUCGCGGAGGACGCCAAGAAGAUUGCCGAGUCCAAGCUCGCGGAGGCGCGGCAGCUCGCCGAGGAGGGCGCCGGGGCGCUUCGCUCGGCGACGGCGCGGACGGAGCUCGUGCCCUUCCGAGGGUACCCGGUUCUCAUGAAGGAGGUGGCGCUCGCGGAGGGCGGCUUCGCGUACGUGCACAUGGCACGGCACGCCGAGACGGGCGAGCUCUUUGCGGUCAAGCGGAUGCUCGCGCAGGACGCCGAGUCCGCAGAGCUGGCCAAGGCGGAGCGAGACCUGAUGGAGUCACUGCCGCGGCACCCGAACAUCGUGGGCAUGCUCGCCUCGACGCAGCGGGCGGGCGUGCGCGGCCAGGAGCACCUGCUCCUCCUUGAGUACUGCUCGCAGGGCACGCUCAUCAAGCACUGCAUGCCGGACGCCUCGGGCGCGUUGCCGCCUCCGCUGCCGUUGCCGGAGACGCUGGACGCCUUCUUGCAG